UUCUUCCUUCUUCGGUCUCGACCCCGACCACGACCUCUCUCCCAUGGAGUUACCCCGCCCAAUCCCCUCCCCACUCCCUAUCAACAGCAAGAGAAAACGAACCCUAUCUUCAGAACCCCAUGAAGAAGAGGAAGAAGACGAAGAAGCAAACCCUAGCCCUAACAAAAAUUCCAAGCAUCGUGGUGUUUGGGAGAACGUCGACCUCAUCCUCUCCCUCCAAAGCAAAGACAUACCCCUCAAAAGGAAAAUCGAACUUGUUUUCGAUUUCGUCGCCUCGGAAUCUAUAUGUUGUGAUCGACGUGUACAACCAGUUUCAAUCACCCGCUUAGUGUCUUUUGUCGGCAACUGGAUGCAACCAGUUUUGAUUUCUUCGGAGAAUAGUAGGAAGGAUUUGGAGAUUUGGGAUCCUUGUUUGGAUCAUAGAUGCUGGGCCGUUCUCAAAUUCUGUCUAGACAAGUCUUUUAUUUCUGUCUCCCCAAAUUUACUUCGAGCAAUUACUCGUAUUGCGAGGCACGCGUUGUUGGGAAUCAGUGGUGGUAGCUCAUCUAGUAGGGAAGAAUCUUCUAAGUUGUUUGAGCAGGUUUCGGAGUACUUAUCUGUGCUUCUAUCCUCCAAUUCAAGAGCUUUUUAUAAUGCAGGAGUUGAUUUAUGGAUCUCCUGUGCAGUUGAAUUUGUUAAUUUGGUUCACAAAGUUACUGCUAAUGAUAAGCCUGGUUCUUCUGGCCAUCAAGUUCUUUUAGCCCUUUCAAUAUGUCUGCUUGAGCACUUUGCUAGCUUUCUGAGGUUUUACCCGAAUCCCAAGAACAUCUUUCGAGCUUUCGUAGACCGGCUUCUCGACCCAUUGUUGGAAUUGCUGGUUUUAUUGCACUCGCAAGGUAGCGGAGGUAAAGGUGAACAGGUGGGAAGCUUGUUGAGGAUUGUUGGAGAGGUUUUGUCAAAUGGUUUGUUUCAUCCUGCCCACAUUAAUGGGUUUUUGAGUUUGCAAAGCUUGAAGGUGAAGCAUGAAGAUACGGAGCGGAGAGGAUUAAAAGGUAGCUACCAUCAACACUUCUUUCAGAGAUUCAAAGGUAUUAAAACGGAGAAUAAGGCAGUAUUACUAGGUGGGUUUGGUUACCUAUUUCAGUUGUUUGUUGGUAGAGUUAGGAACCGGAGAGGAGCUAAUAUGGCAUCUAAAGGGGCGACCAAUCCAGCCUUGUGGAGAAGUAGUGUGUCUUCUGAAGGAGCACAGGAAACUAAUAAACCACUUUUUGAAGUGUUUGCUCGGUUUAUGGAACCGUUGUUGCUCGAGUGUAAGGGAUGUGCACUACCGGAAUAUUCUGAGAUGGGAGCAACGAGGCUGGUAAAUACACUUUGCUUGCUCAAGUCAAUGAAUGAAACCCUAAAGACGUUCAUUCAAGAGAGAAUAUAUGUGCGAACAGAUGACACAGAAGGAGUUCACUUUAAAUUUUUGCAAGAGGUCCAUGACACAAUUAUUUCGGUUGCAGGAGAAAUAUAUAAAUUUUGGUUAUUACAAUUGCAUGUGAAUGACACAAGCAUUGUGAAGAUGCUUCCACUGACAGCCAGGGAGGUUUUUGUUGCCGUGGGUUGCCUUUUAGAGAUUGAAUAUAAGGUCGUGGGAGAUGACCUUGUUAAGUUAUGGCUGAUGAUGUUUGCAUUUUCGGCAGUAAAUAUAUCUUCAAAGGAUGCAAAGCUUCAUUCCUUGCUUAACUCAGAAGUCCUGAAUCUUGGAUGCCAAAUAAUUAAUGUAUUUAGGGAGCUUCGCCAGGUAAAUUAUCCAGUUUUGGCACUGUGUAAAGCUGUGAGAGUCUUCAGAGUUAUUGGCGAUGCUAGUGCUGCAAGAUAUACUUUGUUUAUUCCUUCUUUGCCUUUAUCCUCUCAAAUGUGCUUGGAAGCUGUGGCAACUUUGGCAUGCUCACAAUCAAUCCGAGCUGCAAUUUGCAAUUCAAUCAAGACGAUGCCAGAAAGGAAAGCCGGGGAAUUUAUAGAUGAACUAAAAGAAGACCUCAGUGAAACAAUGAAAUGGAUCAGACAUAGUUCCUUUAUGGAUGGAGGCAGUUUAGAUUCACUGGAAAGAAACACCUCAUUUAGCACUAUUUGGGAUUUCAAUCUCAAAACUUUAGGAAGAGUAUUUUCUGAAAUAUACAGUUCAGUGUUAGAUUCCCUUACUAUUACCUCAACAAAUAGUACCUUGGUAGGAAAUUCUCUCGAAAGCUUGAUGAAUGCAAUUAGACCAAGCUUCAGUCCUUUGGUGCAAAACCAAUCUGAUAAUAUCAACAAAUUCAUUCCUUUGGUGCAAAAACAAUCUGAUAAUAUCGAAAAAUUCACUAUCUUCCUUACAGGAACAAGUGUGGCUGACCAAGAAGUUCCUGACAGUGGAAGUGAAAGAAAAAACUUGUCAUGGGCAUUUGUCUUUUUCUUUCGCUUAUACACGUCAUGCAGAAGCUUAUACCAACAAUCUAUUAGCCUCAUGCCACCUGAUUUGGCAAGAAAAGCAUCAGAAUUGAUGGGGAGCUUAUUUUCUGUAUGCCAUGGAACUGAAUGGACAGAUAAGUCCAAUUAUGUUGACGAAGGCUAUUUUUCUUGGAUUGUUAAACCUUCCAUUUCGCUUCUGGAUUUUAUUAAAUAUUUCCGAGAUGCCUCUUUUAAUAGAAGUUAUGAGGAUUGUGGGCCGCUUGUUUAUGUCCUACACAUUAUGGCUUUACAGAGACUCAACAAUCUAAACAGGAAAAUUCAGGCUUUUAAGUUCUUGCUGGAUGGGAGUAGACGACUGUUCAAAAUGCAGAAGCAAAGAAACAAGGACACACGCAAGGGAAGCAAAAGAUGGAAAAGGCUCCUUACUGCUUGUAGUUUGGAGGCUGCGCAUCUGACCGGUUUCAUGACUCACUACAUACAAUUAUUGUUUCCUGACAGAAAACGUACCAAAACAGUUGAUUCUCAAAUAUUAUCCUCAUCAAAUGAAGAUGCCUGGGAUGUGAGUGUCUGCUCAUUGAAUGAGAAUUCACUUUCUGUUGGAAUUUGGUGGCUUCUUUGCCAAAACAUUGACGUAUGGUGCUUUCAUGCCUCUAAAAAGGAUCUGAAGUAUUUCUUAACACAUUUACUGAUCUACGGUUUGGCAUGUGAAAAGAACAAAGGCAUAAAAAAAAACGGAGCUAGUCAACUUUUACACAAGGAAGUUUCUUUACGCCAUAUAUCAUUGGAGCUUCUUCGUGAUACCGUUCUUUAUGAUCAAACAGUACUAUCCAAGCAUAUGGCAUCAAUAUUCUACACUAUUCUGAAGAAUUCGUUGUCUUCUAUUGUGGAAGAUGCUUAUGCAACUUGUGUAGAUCUGAAUUCCCUACCCGAUUGGUCAGAGAUCUUGACAGCGUUGGAAAAACGAAAUGCCGUGUAUAUGGAUAGCCAUGCUUUACAUGUCCCGCCUUCAAUGUCAGCAUCAGAUUUACAGAUAAAGAAAGCUUCACUUUUGUCCUUUAAACCUGAAAUAACAAGUUGUGAGAGUUUGCUUGAUCUCUUAUGUAAGAUUCCUGAGGUACAUCUUACUACUAAAUCAUUCUCUCAAUAUGCAACUUGCAUUCUCCAUCUUGAGAGGCUAGUGAUUUCAAAUUUGUUAAUCAAUCAUGAUGAAUCCAUUUCCAACAGCCCCUUCGAGCUCUUGAGACUGUUUCUAUCCUGUCGAAGGACCUUGAGAUAUCUGGUUGUGUCACUUAAUGAGUUUAAUCAAGAAGCAAAGCCACUCUCAAUUUUUUCUGGAAUUUUUGGUUCCUCUACAAUAAUUUGGCUUUUGGUAUCAGUACACACAUUAGUUGGAUUGCCACAUACGCUAUUUGGGGAGUUCUAUAAUCAGUUAAACAAUAUAAUCUUCUCUAUAAUAGAUCAUACCUCAAACAUAUUUUUGAAUCUGAGCAGUAGACAGAAGAUGAACUAUGAUACUAAUGAAGAUUAUGCAUCAUGGGAGUAUGGGGAACUUAUUGCUCAAGCAUUAGAGAAGCAAAUGAGAAAGUUACCUGUGACUGUAGAGGGCAGCAUCAGUGCUAUCAAACUGGAAGCUUGUUUUCAUAUUUUGGACUGGAAAAAAUUAUCAUGCACGCUAUCUUGUCUGCAAGGUUUCUUAUGGGGUCUCUCAUCAACCUUAGCGAACAUAUGCAAGAAUUCAGGAGGAAAUCCACAAUUAGUAGAUGCCUUCAAAUUUAGUAAUUACGUUGCUGGAUUUGAAAACUUUGUAGAUCUUUGCAUCUAUUUGUUGCUUGUUGACAACAAUCAAGGGACUGUAGGUGUGCACUCUAUUCAUAAUUUACUGGAUCUGGAUUUUGAUAAUGGAUUGUUGAGCGUGGAUUCUCUUUUAGAUAGAUGGACUAAGUGUCCAAAUUGUGAAAUCCAAAAUUCCAAAUUGGAAGAAAUUUCUGGUGAAGUUCCCAAAAUUGAUUUGUCAAAUAUGCACGAUUUGAAAUUCUCUUUAUUUAAAGAACUUUUAAAGGGCAAAAAUCCCCAGAUUGCAUAUGCACUCAGAGAGCUCUUUGUUGCAUCUGCUGCAAUUCUUAAAUUGAAGUCUAUUGUAUCUGUAAAUGCAAAUUCGCAGAAGUGCAGUCAUAUGGAAUCAUAUUCAAUGAGUAUUCUUGUGAGAACAUCUUAUAUGAUACUCCAGGAAAUGGCAGAAAUGUGUGGCCAGCCCAAUGCAUUUUCUUUUGUCUGGAUUGACGGGAUCUUAAAAUAUCUUGAAGUUGUAGGGGUCUAUUUUAGUAUGGAGGACCCUAAAUUUUCAAAGGAAGUGUAUACCCAGUUGAUGAAUUCUCAUAUGAGGGCUAUUGGGAAGUGCAUUUCGCUGCAAGGAAAGAAUGCGACUCUCUCCUCUCAUGAGACAGGAUCAAAUACAAAAUUGCUACUGACUCGGAAUGAAUCAGGUCAUGGUAUUAUGAAAGGUCUUGAUCAUGAACACUGUAUUAUAAAUGCAUUUAAAUCUAGGGUCAGAAUGUCAUUGAGAAAGUUUAUCAGAAAACCACUCAAGUUACACAUGAACACAGUUAUACAAACUGUAGAAAAAGCACUAAUUGGAGUGCAGCCAGGUUGCCAUGCAAUCUACAACAUAAACAUGGGAGAAAUUGAUGGAGGAAAAGUUUCCUUGAUGGUUGCUGCUGGGAUUGACACUUUGGAUUUGGUUCUCGAGUCUCAACCUGUAAACGAGCGAGUUCUUUUUAAGAACAUCCCAAGCUUAGUUGGUUCCCUGUUCAACAUUAUUUUGCACCUCCAGAGCCCAACAAUCUUCUAUGUAGAGAAGCCACCCUCCAGUAAGAGUGAGUUACAUCCAGAUGCAGGCACCGUCGUUCUAAUGUGUGUUGAGGUUCUUACUAAGGUUGUCGGGAAGCAUUCUUUUCAGAUGGAGGUGUGCCAUGUAUCACACUGUUUGUAUAUACCGAUGGCACUUUUCAAGUACUUUCAUAAAAUCAAAGCUUCUCGGUCAUUUCCUGAUGUCAAUCAAUUCAUCAUUGAUCGCCAGUUUAUGGUUGACUUGUACGCGGCAUGUUGUAAAUUGUUAUGUACCACUCUUAAGCAUCGAACACGUGAGGUUGAAAGAUGCAUUGCUCAACUUGAAAAUUCAGCAACUACUCUUCUUAGCUGUUUGGAGACUGUGGAUGCUACCUUAGCAAGCAUAAAAGGUUAUUUUGCUUGGGAAGUGCAGGAGGCCCUAAAAUGUGCUAGCUUUUUACGAAGGAUCUAUGAAGAGAUAAGACAGCAAAAGGAUAUCCUUGCAAAGUACUCCUUUUACUUCCUUUCAAAUUACGUAAGCAUCUAUUCAGGGCAUGGUCCUUUCCAAACCGGCAUAGAAAGAGAGAUAGAUGAGACAUUGAGACCUGGUAUCUAUUCUCUAAUUGAUAUUUGCUCAGCAGCCGAUCUCCAACAGCUUCACACUGUUCUGGGUGAAGGCGCAUGCAGAAGUACUCUUGCAGCUCUGCUACAUGACUACAAACUACAUUUUCAAUAUGAAGGGAAAAUAUAGUUCCCGUCAAAGCUUUUGUAUUCUAGGUGCUAGUUCAUUCCUGGAUCCUGCAGCUAAACUCAUCUACUUGAUAAAUCCUAUCGAAUUGGUAAAUGCAUUGCCUUAACUAUUUGAGAAAGCUUAUUGAAUCAGUAAAGGCGUUGAGGUCCGGAUGACGUGCUACUGUUUCCAUCAGUAACAGAAGAUUUUGCAGAUUGUUGACAUUAUUUGAAGUUAAACACUCGACACAAUGAGAAUCAGAUAGGCCGGAGCGGUCAUUCAUUUACCAUGCAGGAAACAAGAAACAGUGGCUUGUUAAAAAUUUGAAGAACUUGAGCCCUGCUUUUCAUAUAGGCUUAUAUUUAAUCAGUUAAUUAUUUAUGUACAAAAUCGUUCAGGAUUUUGUUUUGUUUUGCUACCAUCAUGAGAGUCAUUUCCUCGCUGGGUUAUACUUC